AUGGCGGCGGCCGGCAGCGGCGGCAACCGGGCGGACAACGGCUACGGCGGGCAGCAGGCGCGGCGCAGGAAGGGCCCGGGCGCGCUGGCCACGGGCUACCUCGUUAUCUACAACGUGGUGAUGACGGCGGGGUGGCUUGUUAUUGCAGUUGGUCUAGUUCGAGCAUAUCUGGCUAAAGGCAGCUACCACAGCCUUUACUAUUCAAUAGAAAAGCCCCUGAAAUUCUUCCAAACUGGAGCUUUGCUUGAGAUUCUGCACUGUGCACUUGGCAUUGUUCCCUCUUCUGUUGUUCUGACUGCUUUCCAAGUGAUGUCAAGGGUUUUCCUGACAUGGGCAGUAACACAUAGUGUAAAAGAGGUACAAACUGAAGACAGUGUCCUCUUGUUUGUAGUGGCCUGGACAAUCACCGAGAUAAUCCGUUACUCUUUUUACACGUUUAGCUUGUUAAACCAUCUCCCUUACCUCAUCAAAUGGGCCAGGUACACUUUGUUUAUAGUGUUGUAUCCAAUGGGAGUCUCAGGUGAACUACUCACAAUAUAUGCUGCAUUACCCUUCGUCAGGCAAUCUGGCUUGUAUUCCAUUAGUUUACCUAACAAGUACAAUUUCUCAUUUGACUACUAUACAUUCCUGAUCCUGGUCAUGAUCUCUUACAUUCCAAUCUUCCCUCAGCUGUAUUUCCACAUGCUGCAUCAGAGGCGAAAGGUCCUCUCCCACACUGAAGAACAUAAGAAGUCGGAGUAAUUCCAACUCUUUUUCAGAACUUUUCAAACAUCAAAAUGCUGCAGUUUUUCAAUACCCAGCACAUUUGUAAAGAGUAUACCAAGAUAAGUCAGAGGUAAAAGACCAAUAAUUUAGUGAGAAUAACCAGUAAAUCUGAUUUCAGUGAAAUUCCAGGAUGUCAAACACUGAAAUAAUUUUCAGCUUGCAGUGCUUCAGAAAACUUUAACUUUAUAUGGCUUGGCAGUUAACCUUUUCCUUAAAUGAUGUGCUAAAUGGUUUUCAUUUAUUAUUAAAUGCCUGAAGGUUGCAGUAUGAGUGAUGAAGUUGUACCCACUAAAUGCCUGAAUUGGGAUUAUAUUACUGAUACCUCUUUUUUAAGUGCUUGACUGCAUGCCAGAAAGUGUAUGUAUUGCUGUGAAAGCAAACAAUAUGCUCUGGAAUACUUCAGGAUAAUGUCAGAGACUUCAGUGGAGAAUGUAACCUGGGCAAAGUAUCAAAUUUAGAAAGGUAGGUUGUAUAUCUAAAAGAUGAAUGGGAACAAGAACAAGAAUCCAGUUACAGAAAAUUAGGGGAACGUGCUUCUUUAGGAAUUUAAACAGUACAGUUUCUGACCCCAGAGUGUGUUCUCUGAAGAUCUUGUUUAAGCUGAUCACUCAAAUGCUAACAUUAAUUCAGAGGCUGUAAUUCUUCUCUGAAACAUUAGAACUACCCCAAGUACUAUAUCCCUGAAUACUUUUUUACAUGUGAAAAAAACCCCCAAAAUUAAUACUAACUGUAACACUUCUAGUGGUAUCAGCAAUGAAGCUAAAUAUAAGGAGGUAGGUCACCCAGAAACAGGUGCAGUUCUCCCUUUUUUACUAUAAAUUCUCCUAGGUGCUUUCUCUGAGUUCUCAGGCUUAACCUUCCCUUGGGAAGGUAAAAGGAAAAUGAAAGAGCUGAAAAAGCCUUGUGGUGAGGCAGAAAGCACUAGUGCUCUGUGAGCUGUGCCCAAAGUCUAGAAGGAACUUCUGACUGGGAGUAGAAGGGUGGGGAAUGAUAGGAGCAAAAGGAAAAGGGAAAGGAGUGAAUAUCCAGCAGAGACUGAAGGAAAUGUAGGUUAUGGCUUUACUCUGUUAGGAAUUGAUGGCUAAAUAGUCCUGUCUGCAUCCAGUCAGUGUCAUUAGACAAGACCAUGUGGGCUUCUCUGGCUUCCCUCAUUACAUGAUUUAGUGCAUAAAAGAGGUGUGGUCACUCCCAAGCUACCUGCAGUGCUGCCUCCUGUGCCUGCCAGCACCUCCCCUGGUGGUGAGACAACAGCCCGGUUGUGUUUGACACAUCCCAGCUCUCCCUGAACGCAGCCAGGAAGUACUGAGGACACAGGCUCUCUGUUCUAGCAGAUGGGAAGAGCUAGAUUUACAAUUAUUUAGGUUUAUGCUUGUUAGAGCUAUAUUAAAAAAUAAAAAUAACUAAACUUGGUAUUUUUCAGUAAUUUUCUUUGGCUCCAUCAAAAGGACUGAAUUUUCCUAACUCCCACUAUAUAGAGCCUUUCCUGUUCAACACAAACAGGACUAUUAUAAGCAGAGAGAGGACAAGAGACAAUAAUAAUCUUUGCUUCUAUUUUCAGCAUUUUGGAGCCAAUUAUUGACUGGAUUAAAAAACACAGGAGGUUGGGUGUUGGACUUGUCUCCCAAGUUACAAGCAAUAGGACUAGAGGAUACUGCCUUGUGUUGUGCCAAGAAAGGUCUAGAUGGGAUAUUAGGAAAAAUUUCUUCAUGGGAAAGGAUUGUCAAGCAUUGGAACAAGUUGCCCAGGGAAGUGAUAGUCACAUCCCUGAAAGUAUUUAAAAAAAAACUGAAGAUGUGGUGCUUGGGGACAUGGUUUACUGGGAUUUUGCAGUAUUAGGAUAAUGUUGGACUCAAUCUUAGAGGUCUUUUCCAAACCAAACAAUUCUGUGAUUCUCUUACUGUGGCCAUACACAACCUCAAAAUGGUUUUGGGUUCAAAGAUGCAACAGUUCAAUUAAUUUCUGUAUUAGGUUAUGUGCUUUUGUUGUAUUAUUCUGAACUUACUGUUUGAAAGUGUGAACUUCCACCUAUGAACAAAACAUCUCCUUUUUCUUAUACUUGCUAUUAAAAAAGUUAGUGUCAAUAUUUCUGAAGGGUGUCACCUAAAAGAUGUGAUAUCCUGAUGUACUUAGGUUACUGGAUAUUGUCAGUGCUCAGCUCCUGAACUUCUCUUUAUUUGAUUUCUUUGCCCAAAUAAAAGAUUUGGUUUCAAAUUUAUUGGUCCAAUUUGGAGAUAAAAAAUGGCUGUGUAAUACUGCAUGAACCAAACUCCUGGCUCUGUUGAUGAGAAAGAUACAGUACAGAUCUACAGCAGAUAGCAUUGGCACCAUGGAAAAGCAGAGCAAGCUGCCAGUAGGGAGAAAGCUUCUACAACCAACACCUUUGCUGAAUAGGCUUUAUUAUGGAAUAUUUACUUUAAUUGGAAAUAUCAAUUUAUGAUACAAAUGCAAAUAAACUAUGGCCUU